GAGCGAAGAAUUAUUGUCAGGAAGUCUCGUUUUCCCAAGAAAACAUUGACUUUUCUUUCCUGUAAAAUCUCACUCUCUCUUUCUCGCGAUCCAAAUUCUACGUUACGAUGGCUGCUGCGAGGAGUUUUCCUCUCCAAUUCGCCAUAUCGCUCUCAAUCGCUUCAAUCUUGUACCAAUGUUGUGAUUCGUUCUUAACUCCUCCAAGCUCCAUCAUCAAUCCUGCUAAAGCCAAACAAGUUUCCUGGAAACCUAGGGCUUUUGUCUAUGAAGGCUUCUUAACGGACCUCGAAUGCGAUCAUUUGAUCUCUCUCGCGAAAUCGGAGCUAAAGAGAUCUGCAGUUGCUGAUAAUGUUAGUGGAAAGAGCAGGCUUAGCGAAGUCCGUACGAGCUCAGGAAUGUUUAUAUCUAAGGGAAAGGAUCCUAUUGUUGCUGGUAUAGAGGACAAGAUUUCAACAUGGACAUUUCUUCCCAAAGAAAAUGGGGAAGACAUACAAGUGUUGAGAUAUGAGCAUGGACAGAAAUAUGAUCCACACUACGACUACUUUGUCGACAAGGUGAAUAUUGCCAGGGGUGGACACCGUAUAGCAACUGUGCUGAUGUAUCUUACAGAUGUGACCAAAGGUGGUGAAACAGUAUUCCCCCAAGCAGAGGAAUCUUCACGUCGUAAGACUCCUGCAACAGAUGAUGACCUCUCAGAAUGUGCAAAGAAGGGAAUUGCAGUGAAACCACGAAGAGGAGAUGCCCUUCUCUUCUUCAGUCUCUCCCCAACUGCUAUACCUGACCCAAGCAGUCUGCAUGCUGGGUGCCCAGUGAUUGAAGGUGAGAAAUGGUCGGCAACAAAGUGGAUUCAUGUUGAUUCUUUUGACAAGAAUUUGGAAGCCGGUGGCAACUGCACAGAUUUGAAUGAGAGUUGUGAGAGAUGGGCUGCUCUUGGUGAGUGCUCGAAGAACCCAGAGUAUAUGAUUGGAUCUGCAGCGCUUCCUGGCUAUUGUAGGAGAAGCUGUAAAGUAUGUUAGUUGUACACCACAUGCUUCCAUGACAGCAUCUGCAGCUGGAUUUUCUCUAGUGGUUAUUUAUUAAUUUUUUGGUGGAUUAUUAUAAAUACACACUCCUCUGUUACGGCUUUCACAAACAUAGUCGAAUUACAUGUAUUUUAAACACGCAUUUGCCUUUACCUGUACUGAUCAAUUACUCUAUUUCAUCCUCCAUUUGUUAAUCCAAUCGUCUGAAAAUGAAACGUAUAGAUGUA